ACGUGCGGAGUCUUGCACACUGCAGUCGAUUUGAGUCGCCGAUAGUAUCGACUAGUAGACCACCACGUGGGUCUCCUCUGUCGCAGUUAACACACUUGUGUUCAACGUCCAGUAGUUGACCACGUCCGAAAUCAGUGAGCCUGGAAGGAGAGAGGAUGCUUGACGAGGACAGGUCGACCCAGGUAGCUCGCCACCUUACUGAGGUGUACACUUACACCGCGAGUAGCGCCUGAACCGGUUUUAGAGCUGGGGGAAAUUUAGAACGGAUUAUAUUUUCUCAGUGAAGCGUGAGGGCCGGCUGAGAAGCACCAGUGUAAAGGCUGCGGGUUAGACAUGAAGACAGGAGUACCCAGUGCCACAAAACAUGUGACAUAGAACCUAAUUCGCUUCCUUGUGUGGAUAUAUCUGUAUAUACCUGGAAGGUCCACGGACUGACUGGUCGGCUUUCAUGUGAUUUAUACUUUUGUGUUGUGACACAGAUACUUCCGGUAAACCAAUGCUGGUGAUAUCUCUCCUCUGUGCAGAUACUUCCGGUAAACCAAUGCUGGUAAUAUCUCUCCUCUGUCCAGAUACUUCCGGUAAACCAAUGCUGGUGAUAUCUCUCCUCUGUCCAGUUACUUCCGGUAAACCAAUGCUGGUGAUAUCUCUCCUCUGUCCAGAUACUUCCGCUGCCCUGAGUGACAAGGGAGGGUUUCCCCCACGGCGCUGUGACGUCACACAGCAAAAUGGCGAGCGACACACUCGGUGGGCUUAUAGCAGCAUCAUGUAUAGCAGCAAUUCUGGCCAUCUGUCUCCUGGCGCUCCUCAUCUACUGGUUCUACGGCAGGUAUUCAUCUUCGGAUGAUGAAAAGGAGCCGAUUCAGCAGGAGUUUCCGCUCACCGCCCAGAGAUAUCGCCCCCGCCCCUCCUACACUACUCAUGCCGUACACCCCCGGGCAAGACCGCCACUGAACUUCUUCACCGUGAGGGGUGGCCAGCCCUAUCCCGCCUUCCGACCGACGAUAGGAUACAGUGGGGCGGUCGUCUACCUAGACGAUGAAAAUGGCAGAAGAAAAGUUCAUGGGUCGUCCCAAUCUACAAUUCGGGACCGUGAGCAAGUCGGCCAUGAUCGACAAGCGAAUGGAGCGCCUGGAGGUCUUUUUGUCAGGGAAAUUGAAAGUGCUGAGGAGAGGGUAGGCAUUGUAUCCUCGGAUAACGAACGUCCAAAUGGAAGAGUGUAUGAAUCCAACAGAGGGCGCACUAAAACACGCGACAGACACAGGGCUAAAUCUCGAGAUAAAAAGUCAAGAUCGAGAUCUAAGUCACGUGACAGAAUUGAAAAUCUUAGAAAAUCAAAGUCUGAUGAUAGACGCAGCUCUCGGCGCAGCCAUGAAUCUGCGACAAUCAAGGCGAAGGAAGGCGAUAUCAUCUUGGCCCCGGCGAACAGCCAUCAGAAUCUCUCAGUUUCGAGGACGGUGUCCGCGCCCAUUACAACCGGCCUUGACCUUCACGUAUCAAGGAUAUCUCACAUCAAGGACCCCGACCCUGCACCAGAACCCCCUAGAUUGUCGAACGGUUUGACAACACAUUACACCUCUGACCCACAGCCAGAACCAUUACGACUCUCGAACGGAUCGGCAGUACAUCACAUUCCUGACCCGGAACCAAUUUCUGACCCUGCACCUCGUCGUGACCCUUCACCUCAGCCAAUGAGCUACUCCUUUUAUAAACAGGAAGAACGGGAAGAGCCGACGGUGUUCGGUAGCAGCAAUGCAUCUUCGGCAUUCAAGGAGACGACACCGCGAGCUGAUUAUCUUUUUGAUUCGACAUCUGACUUUCAGCAUCCAGUUGUGACUCCUCGUGAGGACUAUAACGGUCCCUAUGAUCAUGAGGAGCAAGUUGUCACUUCCGCCUUUAGCUUCAUGAACGUUGAGAAAGAUGCUUUAAGAUCAGAGCCAACUGAUAUCUACCCAGCCCGACAACCCCGACGCCCUCCGACCCCGCCAUAUGACGGCGAACCUGUCAUUGAUCCGGAACCGGAAGCCGGCGAAACUGAGUACUCCUACACACGGAGAAUACCGACGCCACCCGACAUGAACCGAUCAUCUUCGCCGGAAGAAGAUCCGACAUACAACCGGUUAAAAUUCCGCCCGCCAACUCCCCCACCUGGGAUGAUACGGCAUGUGAAUGAGGACGUUGUAGACGAGGUACCUGAGACGUCACAGAGAGGUUCCAUGAGGCAGAAGAUCAUUGGUACCAAUGACUCUCCAAUGAAGAACGCUCUAAUUGAAGAAUUGAUGAAGCGACGGCAACAAAGUGGGGAUGGCGGCCCCUCCCCUCCACCCCCUACUUCGACAUUACCGGAUGAUUUUUCCCGGACGAUGCCUCUGUUGACAGCUCAGGACGUCGUGCUGUACAGUUCACCAUGUCACCACCAGAGAUUAUUCCACGAGGCCAAGAGAGCCCCCAAUCCCCGCCGUUUAAUAGCGCGAAUUCGCCUUUUGAUUCAGUGCCAGCCCCACCUCCACCUCCACCACCCCACCCCCCGCCACCCCCGCCACCAUCAACCAAGCUUUGAUGUCGAGGCGUGGCUGGAUACCACUUCAGAUAGUGAUACGCAGCACCCACGGGUUCUGCUGCAUCGUACCCGUUUUAGCCAAAACAAUCAAAAGUAUUUGUGUACAGUGUUAAGUGAAGGGCGUGACUGUACUACGGAUAAAGUGCCUUGUAAUAUGCCUUCGUUUUAUGUCCGGACAUAUCAAUAUGCUGACAUCUGACGGUGGAACAGGAUAUGAUCAUAGAUGUCAGGUGCCAUAAACUAUGAUAUGGAUAUUUGACAUUAGAGAAUAUCACGUGACACACUCUUCACAUUGAUCACACUUUCCACCUUAUGCCAACAUCACGUACGCCAGACAACGUACGCCAGUCAAGGUCACCGAACGGACCAAGGUAACGUUGGGCCAUACUCCUUGGCUUGUGUUAAGGUGUUUUGAGGACAGCACCACGUGACUACAACGUUCUACUUAGCGUACAGAGAAUAUACACCACAACGGCACCGUUCUACGUAUAUAGAAUAUAUUUACAUAUCAAAUGUCUGUACUGGGAUGGACUGUAAAAUCACUUUCACGAAACUGAAAUGAAUUCAAACACCCAUUUUAUAAACUUUAUACACAAUAUGCAUUAAUUAAACAUGCCCCCAAUCGCGAUGAACAAGAGGUUGUUUGGUGAUUUAACAUAACGACGGAAAUUUAAUCCAUAAAGAAAGUGACUAAAAUACUUGUCAUUCUAAUGUAUGAACAGCGUGUGCGGGGAAUUGUCUAUUAAAAGAAUGAAUACCAGUUUACGUGUUAGUAGUUCUCCGUGCGUAUAUUUACGGUCAGUGUCAUCUAUACUAUUAGAAAGGUGAAGGACCAUGCGAUUCUUUCAAUAUGAAAGAAUUUGCUGGUUCUUAACUUGUUUUGAGUAGUAUACAUGCAGGUGUCCUCGGAAUACCUCGAAUACCCCCUAUGCCAGCAUUGGAAAGAUUAUUAUUCAAUGGAAACUAUACUGACAAUAUCAUAAAUAAUAAUAUCACUAAUCAAAUAAUAUCAGUUUGUUAUUAAUACGACGAAAUUAACGCGAUGCAAAUAAUCAUUUCAUUGUAUGCGACACAUCCAUACUGUUAAACAGGCCGUACACAAUGUCUUCAUGUUUGUUUUAUUUUGUUUGUUUUUUACAUAAACUGUUUUCCCUUAACCAUGUAGUUUGCUCAAAAAAAGAACAUACUCCUUGGACAGGUUGCUAGAGGAAAUGAGCGAAUGGUAAGUAUUGUCUCAAGAAUUAAUAGGUGUACACACGUCCUUCGUCCCAAGUGGUUUAAUAAUGUGCUGUCGAAACACAUGUGGAUUUCGAUUUCAAUUAGAAACGGUAUAAGGCGCCGAUAUUCGCUGAUGUUCCCCUUCUCUGUCAGAGCCGUUAGGCCUGGGUUCGAAUCCUAGAUUCACCCCAUUGUGAUUCUUGUGGGUCAUCAUCGGUUUCGUUGAAGUGCUAAACGUAUUCCUUCACUCUAUAUACAACUGAGAUAUACUACUCCACUUUUCAUUGGGUAUUAUUAUAUCUCCACGAUGAACAAAACUGAUUUUUCAUAAUAUUCCAAGUGUAUAAUUAACUCGACUUGUUUGAUUUUCCCUUUGAAACGUUGGGUAGUAUAUGAUUCAAAAUAAAGAUAUCCUCUAGAGUGCCACAUGACAUGUUUUCGUUGUUCCAUAGGUAAUCUGGUAGGUCUACUUUAAUCAGGGUAAGUAGAUGCCU